AUGCUUCUCCGGAGCUCCUCGACGCCGGCCCUCAAGAACCUUGUGGGGCAUUGCUGCGUGGUACCUGAAAUCGAUGCUAGUCUGACAUCCCAUGUCAGCCCUAAAUACUCCCCGCUCCGCCAUGCGCCGACCUCGCCGUCUCUGACGUGGACCUCAUCGGAGGGAGAUCUGAAAUUGUUUUCGUCCAACAAAGGGAAAUCCAAGAAGCAGCCCAAAGAGGGAACGAACCAUCACCACUACUCAAAGCGCCGGCCUCCCUCGCCGUCGACGGCGAUCGUGGCUGUGCCAGCUUUGUCGAGGACGGCGUCGCCGCUGCAGAGGACCUCCUUGGAAGGGGAUCUGAAAUUGGGGGGAUUUCAUCGAUCGCGGCGAUGGAGUCGGCGGGAGGAUCCGACGGCGGAGGCAAGGGAAGGCGACGGGAAUUGGCUUUCCAAUUACGCCAAGUUCUUGAAGGAGACCCGCGACGACGUCGGUGACGGCGGCCCCCUGUCCAUGUACGACGACCUCAUAUGGAACAACCACAGGGACGACGACUAUGCUAACACCUACUUCAUUCAGGCCGUCUAG